GGCGGCGGCGGCGCCCCGAGAGUCCGGGUGGGGGGGCUUUGUGCGCGGCGUCGGUGGCGGCGGCGGGAGCGGGCGGCGGCGACGGCAGCAGCGACGGCCAGCACCGAGGCGGAGGCCGCGGGGAACUGUGCACCGGUGGCCGCGGACAGACGCGCGAAGGCCGGCAGGAGCCCGGCGGACCCUGCUGCCCGCGUCGGCCGCCGGCCACAGGCUCCUCUCUGGUAGCGGCGGCUCCGCGGCGACCCCCCCCCACUCCCUCCCUCACCGCCCCUGCCCACCCCGCCUCCGGGAGCCUUCCUCCUCCCCGCUGCCGGCCUGGCCUGGCCGGCCCGGAGGCCUCCUUCCGUGCUCGCCGCCAUGGCAGAGGCAUCCGGCGCGAGGGAAAUCUAGCCCGGGGAUUUCAUGCGGCCUAGCUCGGUUCCGUCUCCUCCCCCCGCAGCCCGGGCGGCUGCCCGCACCCCAGUUCCACUCCGGGCCUCCGUGUCUCUCCUGUGAUCCUACGGACACGGCUGGGGGUUAGAAUGGAACAAACUGAAGGCCCGAUGAGAAAAAGGGAAAGUUAAGGAUGCUGGAGCAGAACAAUGGAUUUCUCUUUCUCUUUCAUGCAAGGGAUCAUGGGAAACACAAUUCAGCAACCACCUCAACUCAUUGACUCCGCCAACAUCCGUCAGGAGGAUGCCUUUGAUAACAGCAGUGACAUUGUUGAAGAUGGUGGCCAUACACCAUAUGAAGCUACCUUGCAGCAAGGCUUUCAGUAUGCACCUACAACAGAAGAUCUUCCUCCACUCACAAAUGGCUAUCCAUCAUCAAUCAGCAUGUAUGAAACUCAAACCAAAUACCAGUCUUAUAAUCAGUAUCCCAAUGGAUCAGCCAAUGGCUUUGGUGCAGUUAGAAACUUUAGCCCCACUGACUAUUACCAUUCAGAAAUUCCAAACACAAGACCACAUGAAAUUCUGGAAAAACCUUCUCCUCCACAGCUACCACCUCCUCCUUCGGUACCACAAACUGUGAUUCCAAAGAAGACUGGCUCACCUGAAAUUAAACUGAAAAUAACCAAAACUAUCCAGAAUGGCAGGGAAUUGUUUGAGUCUUCCCUCUGUGGAGACCUUUUAAAUGAAGUACAGGCAAGUGAGCACACAAAGUCAAAACAUGAAAGCAGAAAGGAAAAGAGGAAAAAAAGCAACAAGCAUGACUCAUCUAGAUCUGAAGAGCGAAAGUCACACAAAAUCCCCAAAUUAGAACCAGAGGAACAAAAUAGACCAAAUGAGAGGGUUGACCUUGUUUCUGAAAAACCAAGAGAAGAACCGGUACUAAAAGAGGAAACCUUGGUUCAGCCAAUGUUAUCUUCUGUUCCAACAACAGAAGUGUCCACUGGCGUUAAGUUCCAGGUUGGCGAUCUUGUUUGGUCAAAGGUGGGAACCUAUCCUUGGUGGCCUUGUAUGGUUUCAAGCGAUCCCCAGCUUGAGGUUCAUACCAAAAUUAACACAAGAGGUGCCCGGGAAUAUCACGUCCAGUUUUUUAGCAACCAACCAGAGAGGGCAUGGGUUCAUGAAAAACGGGUACGAGAAUAUAAAGGUCAUAAACAAUAUGAAGAAUUACUGGCUGAGGCAACCAAACAAGCCAGCAAUCACUCUGAGAAACAGAAGAUUCGGAAACCCCGACCACAGAGAGAACGUGCUCAAUGGGAUAUUGGCAUUGCCCAUGCAGAGAAAGCAUUGAAAAUGACCCGAGAGGAAAGAAUAGAACAGUAUACCUUUAUCUAUAUUGAUAAACAGCCUGAGGAGGCUUUAUCCCAAGCGAAAAAGAAUGUUGCCUCCAAAGCGGAAGCUAAAAAACCCCGGAGACCAAGAUCAGUGCUGAAUACUCAGCCAGAACAGACCAAUACAGGUGAGGUGGCCUCCUCACCAUCAAGUACUGAGAUUCGGAGACAUAGCCAGAGGCGGCACACAAGUGUGGAAGAGGAAGAACCACCUCCUGUUAAAAUAGCCUGGAAAACAGCAGCAGCCAGGAAAUCGUUACCAGCUUCUAUUACAAUGCACAAAGGGAGCUUGGAUUUGCAGAAGUGCAACAUGUCUCCAGUUGUGAAAAUUGAACAAGUGUUUGCUCUUCAGAAUGCUACAGGAGAUGGGAAAUUUAUCGAUCAGUUUGUUUAUUCAACGAAGGGAAUUGGUAACAAGACGGAAAUAAGUGUCAGGGGACAAGACAGACUUAUAAUUUCUACACCAAACCAGAGAAAUGAAAAGGCAACUCAGAAUAUAUCAUCUCCUGAAGCAACAUCUGGUUCUGCAGGCUCAGAAAAGAAGCAACAGAGAAGAUCAAUUAGAACUCGUUCCGAAUCAGAGAAAUCCACUGAGGUUGUGCCAAAGAAGAAGAUCAAAAAGGAGCAGGUUGAAACAGUUCCUCAGACUACAGUGAAGACUGGAUUACAGAAAGGUGCCAGCGAGAUUUCAGAUUCCUGUAAACCUCUAAAGAAAAGGAGUCGCGCCUCAACUGAUGUAGAAAUGACUAGUUCAGCAUACAGAGACACAUCUGACUCUGAUUCUAGAGGCCUGAGUGACCUGCAGGUAGGCUUUGGAAAGCAAGUAGAUAGCCCUUCAGCUACUGCAGAUGCAGACAUUUCUGAUGUACAGUCCGUGGACUCAAGUUUGUCAAGAAGAGGCUUUGGAACGAGUAAGAAGGACACUGUGUGUCAGAUCUGUGAAAGCUCUGGUGACUCUCUGAUUCCUUGUGAGGGAGAGUGCUACAAAUACUUUCACCUGGAGUGCCUGGGGGUGACAUCACUCCCCGAUGGGAAGUUCAUCUGCAUGGAAUGUAAAACCGGACAGCACCCAUGUUUUUCAUGUAAGGUGUCUGGUACAGAUGUGAAGCGUUGCUCUGUCGGUGCUUGUGGGAAAUUUUAUCAUGAAGCCUGUGUCCGCAAAUUCCCCACUGCCGUCUUUGAAUCAAAAGGAUUCCGCUGUCCCCAGCACUGCUGUUCUGCCUGCUCUAUGGAGAAAGAUAUCCACAAAGCAAGUAAAGGUCGCAUGAUGAGGUGUUUGAGAUGUCCAGUAGCCUAUCACUCUGGAGAUGCUUGCAUUGCUGCCGGAAGCAUAUUUGUGUCCUCCUACAUUCUCAUCUGUAGUAAUCAUUCCAAACGGAGCAGUAAUUCAUCCUCUGCUGUAAAUGUAGGCUUUUGUUUCGUUUGUGCAAGAGGGCUGAUAGUUCAGGAUCAUUCAGACCCCAUGUUCAGUUCAUAUGCCUAUAAGUCCCACUACCUACUGAAUGAAUCAAAUCGUGCAGAGUUGAUGAAAUUACCUAUGAUUCCUUCUUCGUCAGCUUCCAAAAAGAAAUAUGAGAAAGGUGGAAGAUUGCUCUGCUGUGAAUCGUGCCCAGCUUCCUUCCACCCAGAAUGCCUGAGCAUAGAAAUGCCAGAAGGCUGCUGGAAUUGUAAUGACUGUAAAGCUGGCAAGAAACUGCAUUACAAGCAGAUUGUUUGGGUCAAAUUGGGAAAUUACAGGCAAAUACUAUGGUGGCCAGCAGAGAUCUGCAAUCCCAGGUCUGUGCCACUGAACAUCCAGGGCCUUAAGCAUAACUUGGGGGACUUCCCUGUGUUCUUCUUUGGUUCUCAUGACUACUAUUGGGUGCACCAGGGCAGAGUGUUCCCUUAUGUUGAAGGAGACAAAAGCUUUGCUGAGGGACAGACUAGUAUUAACAAGACCUUCAAAAAAGCUCUGGAAGAAGCUGCAAAACGUUUCCAGGAGUUGAAAGCACAAAGAGAAAGUAAAGAAGCACUAGAGAUUGAAAAAAACUCAAGAAAACCUCCUCCUUACAAACACAUCAAAGCUAACAAAGUCAUAGGAAAGGUACAGAUCCAGGUUGCAGACCUGUCAGAGAUUCCCCGCUGUAACUGCAAGCCAGCCGAUGAGAACCCUUGCGGCUUGGAAUCCGAGUGCCUGAACAGAAUGCUGCAGUACGAGUGUCACCCGCAGGUGUGCCCAGCCGGAGAUCGUUGCCAGAACCAGUGCUUCACAAAGAGGCUCUACCCUGAUGCAGAAAUCAUCAAAACGGAGCGAAGAGGCUGGGGCCUCAGGACCAAAAGGAGCAUUAAGAAGGGUGAAUUUGUAAAUGAAUAUGUUGGCGAAUUAAUUGAUGAAGAAGAAUGCAGAUUGCGAAUCAAGCGAGCCCAUGAGAACAGUGUAACCAAUUUUUAUAUGUUAACUGUCACCAAGGACCGUAUAAUUGAUGCCGGCCCAAAAGGAAAUUACUCUCGCUUUAUGAACCACAGUUGUAAUCCAAACUGUGAAACACAAAAGUGGACAGUGAAUGGAGACGUUCGAGUUGGACUUUUUGCUCUUUGUGAUAUUCCUGCAGGAAUGGAGCUAACUUUUAAUUAUAACCUGGAUUGCCUGGGCAAUGGCAGGACGGAGUGCCACUGUGGGGCAGAGAACUGCAGUGGUUUUCUUGGAGUGCGGCCCAAGUCGGCAUGUGUGGCAACAACUGAAGAAAGGGCAAGAAAUGCUAAGUUAAAGCAGAAGAGACGAAAAAUCAAAACAGAAUCAAAGCAGAUGCAUGAAGAUUACUGUUUUCAAUGUGGAGAUGGUGGAGAGCUGGUCAUGUGUGACAAAAAGGACUGUCCCAAAGCAUACCACCUCCUAUGCCUUAACCUGACUCAGCCACCAUAUGGAAAGUGGGAGUGCCCGUGGCAUCAGUGCGAUGAGUGCAGCAGUGCAGCUGUUUCCUUCUGUGAGUUCUGUCCACGUUCCUUCUGUAAAGAUCAUGGGAAGGGAGCUCUGGUCCCCUCUGCACUGGAAGGCCUUCUCUGCUGCUCGGAACAUGACCCCGGGGCGCCUGUGCCACCAGAAUACUGGAGCAAGAUCAAAUGUAAACUGGAAUCACAAGAUCAUGGAGAAGAAGCAAAAGAAUGAAUGGGUGGUGAUUUCCUUUGUCUUUGAACAAAAAGGAAAAGCAGAACGUAAAUAGAUGGUGUGUUAGUAAAAGGAGAGACUGCUGCAGUGUGCACAGCCUUUGCCAUCAGUACUGCCUUAUUAAGAGACUGGGAGCCUGGUCCUGUGGCAGAAGCAGUUGGGGAUAUCUGGAUUUUGUUUGAUUUUGUUGGUUUGGUGAUUCUUGAGUGGAGGGUUCGAUUCCCUUGGUCCUUUCUUGCCUUUUAUUUUGCUUCAAGGCCUUGCAGUUGGAAAAAGAGAUGUCUUUGCUUUUAAAAUAAGAACAAAGAAAAAGUUUUGUUAAUGAAAUAAGUGUAAAGUCCUUGGUUGUAAAAAGCAAAAGUCACCAUCAUUCCUUUAUUUAUUUUCAUUUUUUAAAAUGUUGAGAAGUGUAGUUCAGAUAGUCUAAUCAGUGUAUGUGUGAGUGUGUUAAGUAGGAAUUGGAGAAAGCCCUCUAGCAAAGGAUAUGAUGAUCUUUAUAUACCUCUUUACUGUGUAGUAGGUAGGCUAACUUCUCUUUCCCUUCAAAAUGUCUUUCAUAGCCUUGGAGAAGGGUUCUAUGGAAGCAUUGAAUCUGGCCUCUUGAAAACAAAAUGCUUCCGUGGAUUUUACCUCUGUGGUCUUAAACUAGGUGGGCUUUGUGAUGUGAUAACUGUACCUGGAAAGUUAUAUAGUGUGAUUUUGGUUUGGGUUUGGAGAGAAAAAGAAAUGUAUGCACUUACUGAGUUUGGAAUGUUUUCCAUUGAUAGUGGGUAUUUUUGAUGAAGUGCAUUUAUGUAGAUAUGAAUGCAGUAUUAGAAUGGUCAUUCCUAUUUCUUUUAUAUAUAUAUAUACAUAUAUAUUUUUAUUGAUUUCAGAGAGGAAGGGAGAGAGAGAUAGAAACAAGAGUGAUAGGAGAGAAUCAUUGAUCAGCUGCCUCCUGCACGCCCCCUACUGGGGAUGGAGCUCACAACCCAGGCAUGUUCCCUGACAGGGAAUCGAACCAUGACCUCCUGGUUCAUAGCUUAACUUUCAUCCACUGAGCACAUUGGCCGGGCUCAUUCCUAUUUCUUGACACACAGAUAAAGGCAGCUAGAGGGAGACGAAAGGCACAGACCAAAAAAGUUGGAUGAUAUAAGCACCAUUUUCGGUCACACCCUAGUUGACUUGGAAAGAAUUAAGGGUAUUUUAUUUUGUCUCUGCUUCCCUCUCCUAAUCAAACAUUCCCUUUAUCAUCUGACUCCUCAAGUUUCCUGGUGAAACUACACAGAUGAAUUUGAAUUGUUUUUGGAUAGCUCUUUUGGGUUUAGUUCCUAUUUGGGGUGGGAGGGGGCACAUCUCAGCAAUUGCUGUUAUCUGGUACUUAACGUUGUCCCGUAGGAGAAGGGCGGGGAAGCACUUCUACGGGGUGUACAAUAGCCACACAAACACACUUCAUCUCAGGAGCCACUUAGGAAGCUCCUAAGGAAGCAGUGUUAGCCAGACGGCUGGCUCUGGUGCUUGCAUCUCAUAGAUGCAAGUGCUCCAAGAUGUCUGCCCACAAAACUCACUUCUUUUAACCCCCAGGAAUAUGUAUAUUCCAGCAUUCCUUGUAUGAAAUGAUUAGUAAUGUCAGACAUUGUUGUAACACUGUGCUAAGUAGAAGUCUAGAGUUAGCUUGAAUGAACAUUAACUUUCUCUGUGAAUUUUGACUGCUUACAAUUAAUUGCUGGUACCUGGUAACAUUUAUUUUCCCUCAAGAAGUACCUGGUAACCUUAUGAAGGUAGGGAGGGUAGAUGCUCUACCACACUCCUUCAGUUGUGUUGUGUGUGUUUCUUUUUCCUACCAAUUUAGAGCUCUUCUCUGGAAAAAAGAAAAGCUGUUUUGUGCCUCUCUUUUUUUUGUAUGUAAAUGUGCAAUG